AUGAACGGCUCACUCUUCCCCGGUCCUAAUCCAUCAAUUUUCCGUCUCCCACCAUCCCCAGAAGUUGACAAAGCCUGGGACUCCAUCUCAGAAGUUGCACUGUUCACUAUCACCACCAAAGAUGUCAUAAAAAUGGGGAAAGACCCAUCGCAAACGGUCAGGCUUCCCGAAUCAUCUGGGUUUCCACCAGACACACACCUAGCUCAAUUCGAUACAGUACAUCAAAUCCAUUGUUUGAAUGCACUUCGGAAAGCGGCCUUCUUUAAAUAUUAUUACGACAAGAAGUUUGUCAGUAGGCUCUAUUGGAUCCAUUUAAGCCAUUGUGCUGGGAUAGUCCUACAAAACCUCAUGUGUCAAGCGAAUCUUGAUGUUAUAACCCUGAACUGGGUCAAUACUCAGAAAAAUCCGUUCCCGGAUUUUAAUGUAAACAAAAAGUGCAGGGAUUUUGGGGUCAUCAAGAAAUGGCAAGAUGAACAUAUGUUAGGUGAAGAGUUAUUGAAAAAGAUAGUGAGGCCGAAGACUUACGUAGAGCUUCCUGCUCCGAUACAGAAUAUCAUGGAUGCGUUUGAAGAGGCAAAGACUCCUUGGGAUUUUGACUGGACUACUAUGUAA